CGGAAGUAAAUUAAAACGAGCAGUACCUGGAAUAAUAGUAAUAUACAUGUAUUUAGUAUAGUAGUUGGAGAUUAACUUCACACAUACUUUACGAAACGUUUUCAAGGCGUGAUAAUUUCAUUCGAUUGUUGUGAUUUAUCUAGAGAAGAAAUAAAAUGGCAACAUUUCAUCCAACUAAGUUGGCUAAAAAAGGAGAGGCAAAAUUAGAUUUAGCGUUUGUAAUAGAUUGUACUUCAAGUAUGGAUCCUUACAUAACAGAGGCUAGGGACAAUAUUGUACAGAUCGUAAAUGAAAUUGUUGAAAGUGAGAACUGUGACGUGCAUCUUGCUCUAAUAGAAUACCGUGACCAUCCACCGGUAGAAGAAUCUUUUGUUACCCGAGUACAUGAUUUUACUGAGUCAGUCGGAACUAUGAAGAAAUGGCUGCGAGACUGUUACGCUGGUGGCGGCGGUGAUAUACCUGAAGCUGUUGCCGACGCAAUGAACGAUUUGUUGAAGCUAUCCUGGCGCGAAGAAGCAACUAAAAUAUGUGUAUUCAUUACGGAUGCACCACCACACGGUCUUGGUGCCUUUCGAGAUAAGUUCCCUGAGGGUUGCCCACUUGGUUUAGACCCAAUGGAGAUUGCAAGAGCAUUAGCUGCCAAAGGAAUUGGAAUUUACGUUGCUGGGUGUGAGCCAAGUAUAAAAGCAUAUAAGGAUUUUUAUCUGGCAGUGGCACAUAUAACCGGUGGUCAAUAUAUACCACUUGAGGAAGCAAACUGUCUGGUUAAAAUAAUAAUUUAUGGGGCAAAAGAAGAAAUGUCGUUGAAAAAAUUUGAAGAAGAAGUGGAUAAGGAAAUAGUUGAGCUUAAAGCAAGCAAGAGAAUUAUAAACGAAGACGAAGUUACAAAUUUACUUCAUACAAGAUGGCAACAACGUGGAGAAACUACAAAACAAUUGACGUUAAAUCAAUGCGGCUUAGCAACGGCAAAAAGUUCCGCAACGGCUAUGGACAUCUCAACAAUGGGAUUUGAUGCUGUUAAAACUCUUUACAAAACUACAACACAUAAAAUGAGACAAGCUAAAGUGUCAGAUGAAAGUCAGAAUAAAGAUGAGACAGCACAGGUUGAAGAAUGUAAUUUGAAAUCUAAAAUUACUAUGGCAACAGAAUCGCUUGCAAAGCUUCAGACAGAUACACCAACGGCUCCAAGAAAGGUCGACCUCUCUAGCGUUCUCGGUACAAUCGAUUUUGGGCCUGCCCCAGUAGAUGAAAAUAAAUUGAAGUAUACGAAUAGGCAUGAGACAGCACAGGUUGAAAAAUCUAAGAUUACUAUGGCAACAGAAACGCUUGCAAAUCUUCAGACAGAGACACCAACGACUCCAAGAAAGGUCGACCUCUCUAGCGUUCUUGGUACCAUCGAUUUUGGGCCUGCCCCAGUAGAUCAAGAUAAAUUGAAGGAUACGAAUGACGUGAACAUAAAGUCCAAGAAAGGAGGAUACCAGUGUAUAGAUGGAGGGGUGACCCUAAAUCAAACUAUGAGAUUAGUGCAGAAAUCUAUGAUUAAGAUGAUGACAAAUGAUUCCGAGAAACAGUGAUUAUGUUUCAAUAAGAUAACAAUAUAACAUCAGUAACCUAUUACUGUUACUGGGUUUUAAACUAAAAAUAAAACAUUGAAAACUAAUGACGAUAAUUAUGUAUCUGACAUAAUUAUUUUAUACCUGGAAGGUAAAAUUCAUAUUGCAGACGUGAUUUAUUGCGGUAUGACGUUGCUGAAAUAUAUGAAAAAAUAUAUGUAACCAUUAAACUAACCCUUUAUAUUUUGAUUUGUGAAUUUCAUGUUGUAUAGCUUGUUUUAGGUAUACAUCAAGUGUGUCCUCCCUUGAGGUAUCCAAGAAUUUAUAAAGAAAACUUUAAUUUCAUAAAAUGAUAUCACAAGCUUAUUUUAUAUGAUU